GUGUAUUUACGUAUUUCGUAAUAUCGCGAAACCUGAAUUAAAUAACCGCUGCUGCUUAGUCGAAAGUACUCGGCACAAAAGGGGGUAGGGAAUGUAACACCUGCGUGUUUAUCCGCUGAAACAGCCUCGACCUGCCACGGCAGAACCGAUGUCGACGGUCGACCGUGACAGUAGCUCGCUGCGUCGACAUGACGAAGAAUCGUUCCUUAUCACGAGGAAACGAAUAUCGGAAUUAAUCUUCGAAUAUUUCGCGUUACAGUAUCGCGAGUGUUCGUUACAUCGUCGUCCUAUCGCCAUUAAUUCGCGGCGAUUGGAGUAUCUUUGUGACAUUUAAAAUACAUGCGUUUUUGUGCCUGAUUUCUUUCUAGAUUGUUUUGAAAUCAUUUUUGAGUUCAGAGGAAUACGCGUUGCAUAUUUAAAUUGUCAUGCAGAAUUUUAAAUUUUGUACAAUUCUGAUACAAUUCUUCUUGAUUUCGAGGAAAUUUUAUAUUUCUUCCAUUUUUUCUUUUGAAAAACUGCUUUUAUUUUUUUUUAAACGCAUGCUUAAGGUGCUUAAAAAUUAUGGAAAGUGGAGAAAAAUAGAAACAUUUGUUUCAAAUGUAAAUUGCAUUAUUCGGAUUCAUUAAUUUUCUUGGGGCUCGCUAAAUUAUGCAAACACAUAAGACUAUAACGAUUUUGUAUUUUGAAUCACGUCACUUUUGACUUGAUCCAUGCGCAAUUGAAUUUGUAUUAUUGAAUCGAUCGAUAUCAUUUCUCGAUGCGUUCAAUCGACUUUAAACUUUUUGACUUUUGAAUGGCCCGUAGCAUGGCAUCGCUUUAUAAUGGCCACGAUCAUUGCAAGAGGAUGUUUGAACUUCAGGAGAAACUGCGAAAGAGCGAGGAGGAGAGAAUACGAUUGGAGGAGCGAUUCAACGAGCUCGUGCGAGAAUCUCAUGAUAGACACGAUGCUUGUAUAAAUCAGUUACGCAUGAGAUACAUACAGUAUUUAGAGGAACAACAUGCGAGAGAUGAAAGAAAUCACAAGCUUCUCGCAGCAUUGGACAAGAUCACGAACAAGCUCGCAUUGAUAAGUGCGAAAAAAGACAGACUCAAUGUUCUCAGAAAACAAUAUGAAGCUUAUCUGCUUCGUGUUUAUGCCAAUCGUGGACAACCUGGUAGUAUCACUGGCGACAGCGGUAUCGUCAGUCAAAAUGAGGAUAAGUACCCGAAAAUCGUCACGUUAGCGCAGCCUGAUAUAGCAUCCGCGGAAAUGAGAAGCGUUUCAUCACCGCGAGUGCAUCUGUUUACUCAAUCGAAUCAACCAAGGUCUACCUCCACAUCCAAGUUGCAUGAUCAAACUGCUAUAAACAGUACUUUAUUAAAUAAUUCUCCGAUCUUACCAACUACGCCACUAAGUGCACCGCUCGGCGCCGAUUAUCAUCAGACGCGCGUUCCACGUGAACCGCACGUUUAUGUCUCACCGGUCGGUCGAUCGAAUGAACAGCUCACUCAAGUAUCAGUAAUUUCCUCGCCAAAUACCCAUCAGUAUCCACGAACGAUUUCCGAUUAUAAAGAGAGCGCGUCUCAUAAUCUUCAAGAUGUCGACAAUUUUCGCGCUUUGCACACGAAAACACCAGUUUUGCCGACGUCAUCCUUGGAUCAGAUUCGACCCGAUGCUGUUCCCAUUAAUCGAUUCCUCAAAGAGCAGGUGGAAUCGUUGCAAACCACGAUCUCUGGUCUCUCGACGCAAUUUCCUGUUGGAAAAGCGCGAUACGAAGAGACAUCACAAAACGCACCUGUUUCACGACGAUUCAAUCCCUUAACCGCGCUUCACCGUGACAAUGUAAUGCUAUCUAGUCCGCAAUCGCAGAUAAGAGAAUAUGAUCCGUCCGAUGUUGCAGGACCCACUUUAAUGACCGCGAAAUUGAGUACAUAUCGAGUGGAUCCCAAUAUAAGUGUCGUUGAUCAAGUCGGUCCGUUGCCGGGAUAUAUGGACUAUAUCACGGCAAGUCCUGAGGACGAAGAAUCCAUCCAUUCCCUUACUAGCGAUGAUGUAGAUGAUCUGAUAAGGCGCAACGAGCAUCUAUUAUGGAGCACGGAUGAUGUUAAGACUCCAUGUCGAUCGCCGAUUGAUGUUUUGGGAUUAUAUAACGCUAAUCUCGACGAGAAUGGCAAAACGACGGCCAUCCUGGAAAAUGAAUUGGACCGAUACAUCGGUAAAAUCCGGAAACUCCAUCGGGAACAUGGUUUAACGAGUCUGGAGGAAAUGGACCAUGAACAGAACACUAGUGGUGAUCUGCUGAAUGUCACUCUGUCGGAGGAUGCUGCGGAGCUUCCGGCCGAAGAUCGGGCAAGGAAGGAGCGAGUAUCCGAGAAGAUGGACAGGAUUCUGGCAUUGGCAAGCGAUUUUGCAUCGAGGACGACUGAACUGAAGGAAGAUGCGCGAAAUACAACCGGGCAAAGUGAUAACAACAAUUUACCCGCGGAAGUGGUCAGGGACGAAAUUAGACACCGCGACGCGACGACGAACGAUACAUCGCAAUUCGAAGGAAAAUGCGAGGCUGAAGGACGCGGAAUUUCGGCAAAGAACGAAAUUAGAGAAGACGUUGCGACAUACUCAACGGAAUUAGAGCAAACGCGUAGAAAUACGGAUAUUGCGAAAGAGAGCUGGAAUAAUGCUGACAAUUUAGUCGAAUUGCGAGAGCAUGAUCAGGAAAUAUCUGGUGCGAAGAAAAACGACACAUGCGAAAAAACAACUGCAUCCUCGAGUAACGAAUCACAGAUCGACGAUCGGAAUAACGUAUCAGAGAAGAAACAGUUUGAUGUUGUUACUGGCGAAGAAUCGAAUAUUGAUGGUCUAUUUGAUGUCGCCGAAGAAUUGACGCCGUGGAAUCUUGCGAGUGUGCAAAAGGAAGUUCGAGAAUUAGAUUUCACCGAUACUGUCAAAGCAAUGAAAAAGGACGUCAAAGAGACGGAGAAACGAAUCGUCGAUGAAAUUGCGAGCGAAUCGCAUAUUUCGUUACCGUCCAUCGAGAAAAGCAGCGCAAAUGAUGAAGUGGAGAACGCGCAUCACUUGCAAGAUACGCUUCCUGACGAGGAGAUGGAAUCGAAAAAAUUGAAUGCGAGCGAAUCCCACGAAACACAUCAUUCUUCUGUCGAGAAUGCUGAAGAUGUGACUCAAAUUUUGAGUCAACAUAAAGCCGACGAGUCCAAGAUCGCAUCUCACAUAAAUGAGGAAAUUGGCGAAUCAAAAGAGAAUAACGAUAAGAAGCAAGAUAACGAUCAGACGACAGUAUCUCAAAUCGAUGAACAAUCUGAGAAUGUAAUAAAAAAUAAUGAAUACAAUAUCGAACAAGAAUACAUCGAGGAUUCGAGCCAAGAGCGACAAUAUGAACAAGAUUCAAAUGAGCAAUAUCAUUAUGAUCAAGGUAUGCCAUACGAAGGAGUUAAUAACGAGGAGUACGAGAGGUACGCCGCGCAAGGAUACACUCAAGAGGGACAGGAAUAUGUCGAGUACGUGGAUGGUCAGUACGAACAAUAUCCUGAAGAUCCCAAUAAUCCACAAUAUCAACAUGAUCCUAACGCGCAAUACGAGCAGGAUCCGAAUCAAGUAUACGAUUAUAAUUACGAUCCUAAUCAAGGAUACGGGGACGAUCCUAAUCAGCAAUAUGAUCCUAAUCAAGGUUACGAAAACAGUUCUGAUAAUCAGGCAUACGAUUACGCCGAACAAGUUUCUUACGAUCCUAAUCAGGUGUACGAUAAUACAUAUGAACAGGAAGAACAGCCCAAUCCUGAUAAUAACAUUGUCGAAAAUCGCGAAAAAGAACCGGAAACGGAAGAAACCUCGCAGAAACAGGUAGACCCAGAGUCGGAACACAAAUCAAGCAAAGAUGAAGAUAAACCGCAGCAAGUAGAUGCCGUUAGCGGGACAAAGAAGAAGGACGUGAUUAAAUCUUUGCUGGAUUCUGACACAGAUACAACGAUCGAAAGAAAUGUUUCAAAUACGGAGAGUGAUUUUGAUUUUAAUUAAAAUGUCCACAUGCGUCAGGACGCACUGAAAAGACAUUAAAUUUGUAUAAAGAGAUAAAGGUAAAACUACAAUGAUAAGAUUCUGUUAAUAAAAUUAAAUACAUUAAAGAAGAAUGUGACUAAAUUUAUGUCGAGUUUCAACAUCGAUUUCACGAUAAGUAUGUACAGCGGAUAUGAACAGCGAUCUUCUAAUUGAAAUAUACGAUGUUUUGAAAAUAGAAUGCUAAGUUAAGGAGAUAAAAAAAAUAGGUAAAAAAAGUACCGCAAUCUUGUUAAUGAAACAAGUCUGAUUCAAGAAAGGCAUGCUUUUGAAUAUCUUUGCUGAAUUUCAAUAUGAAUUUCAGAUUUAUUUCGCAAGAAAUGCCUGGAAUAUGGAUAGCGAAUUGUAUUUUAAUUAGAGCUUUAAUUAACAACCCACGAAUUGUAGCAAAUGGCAAAAAUAAUUAAUCUCCUUGAAGUUCUAUUUAGAACCUAUUGUAAAUAUCAUAUUUACAUAUGUAGGUGCAGAAUAAACUCACAUAGCAUGCAUAUCCAAAAGACGUCUAGAAUAUACCGAAGUUAAUUUGGACGAUAAGAUAUCUUCAGGAUGUCCUUUGAGCGUCUUUUGGAUAUGCAUGCUAUGUAGGAAGUGAUAAAACAAGAAUAUAUUAUUUUAUCGCAAAUAUAUUAUUUUAUCGACGCUUUAUUACAAAACAAAAUAUUUGAAUAUAACUAAUUAUACGCGUAUGUGCUGAGAAAACUGCACACCUGUACAAUCGUGAAAAGAUUUAUUCUAAAAAUAAUACGGACCUAAUUGUAAACAUCUACAGCUUUACAUUGUAAGAGGAUCAGUUAUUAUUAAAGAUACCUAUUAAAUUUAAAAAAUA